GCCGCAAAAUGACGCGUGAGGGAAUCGAUACGCCCAUGCCACGAUGAUUCGAUUCCGGGGUCGCCGAUACCAAAAGUCGAUUCCGCGGCGCGGCCUGGUACCUGCGCGUCUCCAUAGUGAGUGGACAAACGAACGAACGAAAUUUGUGAAUGAGUUAAUUCGCUAAUUUAACAGCUGGCGAUGAGCGAGUGAGCGAACGAGUGAGGGACGAGGGCAAGUUGAUGGGUUUUUUUAGAAACCCCAAUUCGUUAAAUUAUUUGACGCGCGAUGAACGAACGAACGGACGGAGCUGAGGUAAACAUUUGACGAUGAAUGACCGCCACUUUAAAUUUGAAGGAUUCAGGCAGUGAACGACUGGAGCGGCGCGAGCGAGGGAAUGCAUUUGGCGAGGUGUUUGAGUUAGUGAACGAGAUGAAUUGUAAGUGAAUGGGCGAAUGAAUUACAGUGGCGGGGCGGGAGCCUCACUGUACCGUGACUGCAUGAGAAUGAAGUUUAUCGGAAGCGGAAUCUUUUGACCGACCGGAAUAAAUUAGUGAAUGAAUUAAUGCUCGGGAUUAACGCGAACUUAUAGGACUGAGAACAUCGACGGCCGUGAAUGAAUCGCUGUAUGUUCAUCCCUGCACGCGUACGCACAGAACGAACGCCCGACCGACCGUAAUUGAGUGUACGAAUGAAUGAAUUGGGGGGAGGAGGUGGAAUGAAAUCGUUGUAAACGACACCUUUUGACGCAAGGCAAAGCCAAUGGACCGCUUCGUGAUCCGCACGCCCAGGGAGAGCCCCGGCGGCAGCCCCCCCGGGACCCGGGCCGGGGGAGGCCCCCUUCGGCAGGCGACCCUCGGCUCGCUGCGCCGCGUCGUGGCCCUCGUGGACGUGGAGCGGCUCCUGGACGCGCUCGCGGCGGCCGGGGUGGACUCGGGGGCCGGGGUGGACUCGGGGGCCGGGGUGGAUUCGGGGGCCGGGGUGUAUUCGGGGGCCGGGGUGGACUCGGCGGCCGGGGUGGACUCGGGGUCCGCGGGGGCCGGGGUGGACUCGGGGGCCGGGGGGGGCUCGGGGGCCGGGGUGGACUCGGGGGCCGGGGUGGACGCGGGGGACGCGGGGACGAAGCGCGAACGGCUGCGGGAGGACGAGGAGACGGGCGGAGGGGCGGGCAGGGAGCGCGAUGCGGGGAUGGGUGCGAGGCCGGAGGGCACGGAGGAGCGCAGGGCGAUGGACUCUGAGUCUGUUGACAGAACGCGAGAGGCGGAGGGGUGGAGGAAGAGUGAAGAGGAGGUGGAGGAGGAGGGCGAGCGCCGCCUGGUGGAUGCUCUGUCCGCACUGCGGCACAAGGUCCCGUCCCGGGAGCUCCUCGUCUCCACCGGGCUCGGCCGCGCCGUUCGGAGGCUGCGGCGUCGACGCGGGGGCGACCCCGCGGUGGCGGCCCUGGCAGCCGAGAUGUACGAACGCUGGCGAGGCUUCUACGAGGCCAGGGACUCGUUGGGGCCCUUGCGGCCCGUGAUGGUAAGCGGUGGGCCACGUCGCAAGAGUUCAACAUCCUCGUCAAGCGCCUCCUCAUCAUCAUCGACCGUCUCCUCAUCAUCAACCUCCUCGUAUUCUGGCUCCGGGCGAGGUAUCAUCACUCAGCUGCGGGACACAGCCCGGGCAAUGUUGGCCCGAGCCUUGGCUGAGAAAAGCGAUGAAGUUAGACUCCGUGAGAAGGUGCGCUCAGGCUCCAUGAAGAGCCAAGAGGACACGAAGCCAAGCUCCGCGAAGAGGCAACGGAAGGAUGGGUCAUACGCCAUGACCACACAAGGGGAGGUGGAAUCGCGUUCCAUGAAUACCCAAGGAGACGUGGGGCCCAGCUCUUCCAAGGCGCGGAGCGGAAUUGAGCCAGACUCGUUGGACGCCGUCAGCGAUCUCUCUCCCGUGGCUGUGAAGCUGGAGCAGGAGGUUUAUUCUCAGCUGGGAGGGUCCUCCUUCUCCUCUUCUUCUUACCGCCGCACUGUGCGGGCCAUAGCUCUGGCCCUGAGCCACCGGCCACAGCUCAGGGAGGCCCUGGCGAGUGGGGCCAUGACCCCACGGGAAGCCGUCGCUUCUCACCGCAAGCUGUGACCUCGCGCUCCCGCCGGAAUCGUUGCGUGGGACAUAUAACAAUGAUGAAUUGAUACCGGUGACAGCCGCGCACGCGUGUUACUAAGAGGAAUUAAGAAAAGUGUUUUUUAUACAGCUUAAUGUAAUAACGUGUGACGUAUUUAAAGGGGACUUCUUUUAUAACAAUGUCUCUGUGUUUUAUAAUUACAAGGAUGUGGGCCCUUUUGCAAUAUUUCGUGUUCACUCAGGUGUUGGCCCGUUAAGGUCCUUGUGAAUAUUUAUGCCUAAGUUUCUCUUUUUUGUACAGAAAUAGUCAUCGACAGCCAUGAUCAAUCCACUGCUGGAUCAACGUGUCUUCAUUCCAUCACCAUCUUCCACAGGCCUGCUGUGCCAUGCAACUGCACGUGAGCCGAUGUCACGCAUUCUUUCUGUCCUGCCCAAGCCCACUUGGUUUUCGUCGGAAUCACGUCUAUAAUUUGUGUUCUCUGAUUCAUGCAUUCCUCUAUUUGUCGCAGCAUGCAUCACCAUACUUUUGUGUUUGCUACAUUUUGACAUUUGUUCGGUCCAUAAGCACAGACUUAUAUGUACAUACAUUGUACCAGGUUUAUUUGUAUGUAAUUUUGUUCAAACAUUUAGGUUUAAACUGUUUAACGCACAUGAUAUUUGAUAGACUGAGCAAAUAUAGUGUGGGCUUUUUUCCUGUUGUGAGACCCAACGAUUUUAAGGUAUAGCGCAAGCACUGAAUGGCAUAAGUUAUUGAGGAAAAUUCAGUUUCAUUUAAUUUUAUUCUGUUCAUUAUAAAGUGUUUUAACUCUAAUAUACAUGCUCUGCCUAUGCUAUUGCGAAGUAAAUAAUAAAACAGUGAUACAAUCAUUGCAUCGUGUACUUUAUUUACUACAGGCAAAGCAAAUAUAAAUGACGUGUGAUUUGUAUACGUUUAACAUUUUAAAUUGUAUCAAGUAACUCUUGUUUCCACUCUCUACGACCUCAGCAUCUUUGGCACUCCCCUCUCGAAAUAUAUUUCGCACCUCGAAUCUGUUUUCGCUUCUUUUUGCUUUCCCCUCUCACCCCUCACCUUUCCUCCUGCAUCUGCUCCUCCCGCCUGGCCGCCAUCCAAUCUUGGAUGGCGCUUUCAAUCUGUCCAAAACAUCAAUCAUUUUCUUUCCGGCUCUCCCCCUCCCAUUCCCACCAUCUCCUUCCAUCCUUUCUCCCUCAUCUCUGCUUCUUCUGUUCCAACCUUGGUAUCACCUUUGACUCGUCCCUCAUUUGUCCCACCUACAUUGCCACAACUACUUGCAUUUGUCACUUUCAUCUAUUCAAUAUCUGGAAAAUCCACCCUCAUUUUACUUUCUGCCGCUAAACUCCUGGUUCAAGCUCUAAUCUUUACCCAUCUAGACUACUGGAAAUCUUUUUUGGGUCUCUCUGCCUACGCACUCCCCUCCCACAAAUCCAAAAUGCUUCCGCGCGGGUUAUUUUCAAUCUAUAUUCUUGGUUCUUUCAGUAAAGUCACGUAGAAGGGAAACAAUAAAAUAAUAAAAAUAUAAAACAAUAAAAUUCUCACGACGUUUCGACUGCAACACAAGCAACCAUCAUCAGGUGUGAAAACCACAUUCUACGUGACUUUACCGAAAGAACCAAGAAUAUGAAUCCCUGCAGUCACGAAAGCUUAAAAUAAAAAAUUAUUUUCAAUCUGUCACUUAAUUCUCACACUUUGCCUCUCCGUCAACUUCAUAGGCUUCCCAUUUACUAUCCCGCUGUCUUUUCAAAUACCUUUAAAUCAUCUUUCAAUCUCUCCAUGGAAUUGCCCCACCUCAUCUCGCCCCUCUCACCUAUUUUUACGUCCCCCCUUUCGUACUCUUCAUUCACAAUCUUCUUUGUCUCGACGCCCCUCCUCCCUGUGCCCAAUCUCAGUUUUCGAUCUUUCUCCCUCCUUGCACCAUACCACUGGAAUAAACUUCCUCUACAUUGAGCUUUCCCCUUCCUUAACCUCCUUUUAGUUCUUUUCUUAAAGGCUCACCUCUUCUCCAUUUACCAUUGCCUUUCUCUAUCCUCCCCUUGCCCCUCCACUCCUUCCCGUCCCUCCCCUGCCUUUACAUGCCCCCGCCGUGCCCUCUGUUACGGUCAGUCAUUCCUUGGCCCAAGCACGCCCUUGACAUCAAAAUCACUCUUUGUGUUACCGCUUUUAAACUAUGUAAAAGCGCCUUCAGCUCAGGCGCUUUAUGAAUAUAAAAUAAGAUAAGAAAUGUCAUCUGUGCACUUGAUAACAUGCAAAUUGUGGAAUUAUCCAGAAUCGAUAAUAUACCUCGAAUCAUAGGUAGAGGCAGGUGAAUAAUUUCAGGCUACUGGUUUGGUUUGAGAAGUGGGGGCUGCCUCUGUAAGUUGGUGUUUCAAAAGUAUUGUGAGACAGGAUUGUGGCAAUGGCUUGGUGAGUGGAUGAUGUUCGGGUGCCUAGGUGACUGAGUAACUUUUCAGGUGUGUGGUGUCUGUCAUUGAGAGGUUAGGUGAAUGUCAUGGUGAAGUAUGGUAUAUAUUUCACUUACAAAAUGACACCACUGUACUUUUAUUGGCGCGGUGUGUGUCUGCAAUAUGUGGUGUGUUUCAAACGACAACAGUGCAGUUUCACAAGUUAGGUAACCUUGGUCAAAAUGAAGUUGAAUACAUACAGCGUAUGUGUUUCUCUGUCAUUUAUGUAGUGACAUUGUGGAUGUCACUGUGUGGUGCCGGCUCUAGCGAGGCACGGCGUGCGAUGUACUCACAUCGCGGACACCCCGUACAUGUGGGUGUAGUACCAGCCCUAGAGGGGCUCGGUGAGCGCUGAUAGAGAGCGCUGAGUGGCACCGCGCUCGGCGUGCAGUGCUGGCCCCUAUAGGAGGGGGUGUGAGGGUGCCGGCCAUGAAUGGGGUUAAUGAAGGCCAUGGCACUCUGGUUGACCCUAGAAGGCACGUGACGGGUAAGAUCUACACAGGGGCCCCAAGUGGGGGCUAGAGGUAGUCACGUGUCGAGGCGAGAUCCUGCGAGUGGAUUCGAGAAGGUGGUCGUGGCCAAGGGAGGGGCCAGCCACGGCCAGGGAGCAUAUAAACCGGGUCCCCAGAGACACCGGGGCUCAGCGUUGCUGUGUUAUCCUUAGGAUCCACGUUCUAUGUCCGAGAAGAGUCGCCAACACGUGGACCUGGACCCAAGCUGGGGUCCUGUCCGUUGUAGCUGCACCCUGUGUAACUAGUGUAGUUAGCCUGGUGGUUACACAGCUAGUUACGGUGUAAUUAGUGUACUUAGCCAGGUAGUCCACCAACAUUGGGUGUUAUCUGGUAAAGGGGCAGUUACCCCUUUGUAUUGGUAUCAAUAAAUGUGUUGCCUCCAAA